AUGCUGGAGCUGGAACGUACCCUCGGGCAAAGGAGCCCUGGCGGGCUGACGACGUGCGCGCGGGUCUCGCCGGAUGGACGUUACGUGGCGGUUGCGGACCGCACGGCGAUCUGUGUUUAUUCUGUGGGAGACGGCGGGUGCGCCAGGUACGAGACGACACACACAGAGCCGAUCAACGAUAUCUGCUGGUCGCCGGAUUCGGCAUGUGUCGCGAGCGGCUCGGAGGACUUCACGGUGGAGAUAACGCAUCUCGAAUAUGGACGGCUACAUAAGCUGCGGGGGCACUCGGCACCGGUGCUGUCUGUGGUGUUCAAUUGCAAGGGCAACUUACUGUGCACGGCAUCUGUCGAUGAGAGCAUCAAGCAGUGGGACGUAUUGAGUGGCACGCUGCUGAAGACCAUGUCUGCGCACUCGGACCCCGUGGUGUCCAUUGACACCCCCGACUGCGACGCGACAAUCCUGAGCUCGGGCUCUUACGAUGGGCUGAUCCGCAUCUUCGACACCGAAUCGGGGCAUUGUCUCAAGACGUUGACGUACGACAAGGACUGGCAGACCGACGACGGCGUGGUGCCCAUUUCGCAGGUCAAAUUCAGCAGGAACGGCAAGUUCCUGCUGGUGAGGUCCCUGGACGGCGUGGUGAAACUGUGGGACUUCAUCCGCGGCUGCGUCGUCCGCACCUUCAAGGACGCCAGCGGCGAGUCCCGCAUGAAAUACUCCUGCGGAAUGGACUUUCUGUAUCCCGACUCCGAGGCAGCAGAUGUGAUGGUCGUCGUGGGCGGCGAGGAUGGCAACAUCUGCGUCUGGAACGCGCAGAGUAAGGCCGUUGCGCAGACGUUGAAGGGGCAGCAUGAAGACUCUCCCGUGAUAGCUGUGAGCUGUAAAGAGACGCUGGUUUGUACGCUAUCGCUCAAUGGCAUCUGCCACCUAUGGCGCUGGGUCGAUGGCAUAAGCGACGUCACGUGA